UUCGCCCUUUCGCUGUUUCUUUUCUCGUUCACAUUUAUUGCCCAUAUACUUGUGUCACUCACUACACGACCAAGUGGAGUGUAGCAUCUCAACUUCCUGUUUCUCUACCCGCGAACAUACUGCGCAAAUCCAAGGGUAAACAAGUCUGCCCCCGGCAAGAUGGGUGGUAGCUAUUAUUCCGAUUAUUCCGACGAUGAUGACUACGACGUCCGUAUCCGGACUUCGGGGCGCCAGGCUUCUACGCCUUACACCUAUGUGGAAGCUCCUCGUCGACCUGUUAGCUACGUUGCCACAGACCGCCGGCCUGACGCUUACCUAGUUCCCGAGAGGACUGUUGUGAGAGCCCGUUCUAGGUCACGUGAGCGUUUUCGUCGCCCCGACCCACCGACAUCUCCUCCAGCCCCAGCAGCCCAUCCCGUUAUUAUCAAUAACAAUCGCUUCUAUCACGAGCCGUCUGACGAAGAAGAUGAUUACCGCCAACUGCAAGUAGCGCGUCCCCGUCAGCGCUCCCACUCCCGAGCCGGUCCAGCUACGGACCUGAUCAGUCGUCAGGAGUUUGAGGCAGAACAGAUGAGGCGAGAACUCGAGGAGAUAAAGCUGAAUAAGUCGCGAGAUGAGGACGAGCGUCGCGCACUGAAACAGUGCCAGGAUGAAGGAGAGCUACGCCGUAUCAAGCAGGAACUGGACAAAAUCCGUGCCCAAGAAGAGCGUGAAAAAGAAGAGCGUCGGGCACAGAAACAGUCCCAGGAGGAAGCAGAGCUACGACAUGCGAAGCAGAUACUGGAACAACGUCGCGCUCAAGAAGAGCGUGAAAAGGAAGAAGCCCGCAUUAAGGAAGAACUAGAACUGAAGCGCUUGAAAGAGGAAGAGCGUCAGAAGGAGUUGAAGAAACAACGCGAAAAGGAGGCCCAAGCCGCGAUUGAGCGGUACAAGCAACAGGAACGGGAGCGCGUCGCUCGGGAAGAGAAGGAGAAGGAAGAGCGGGAAAAAGAAUACCAACGGCGCCUGCAGGAGGACCUGAUCCAGUCGGGCCUUGACGAAAAACAUAUUGCAGCGAUUUUGAAGAAGGAAAAGAUUCCCGAGAAGCCCGCUCCGACGCCGCCUGCGGAGGCGACACGCCCCACGUAUACUCGCAUGGCCCGAAAGCAUCUCUCUAUCGAAACCUUGAGGACGUUUCAUAUUGAAUAUGAGCUUGACAUCGAUCCCGAAUAUGUACUAAUUAAGCGAUGGGUGCCUGACUGGGAGCAGGACACAUUAUGGAAGCAUACGCGAGGUGUGCGUGAAAAGAGAUCCAGCAGGCUCCUACUUGAGGUGGGUGAUAAGAGGAGUGGGCGAGAAGACCCCAAGUUUGAAUGGGUACGGAAGAAGAGCGACCGCAAGCGAAGCAAGUCGCCCGCCCUCCUCAUGUACCUUGCGGGUGCUCGGCCGGCUUGAGUUGCAUCGUGUAUUCGCGCAGGUAUCUUACACUUUUCUUUGGUUCUUCCAGGGUGCAGGGGUUGGGUUCUUGUUGAGACAUGUCCUUGCUCUUCUUAAAUGAAUUCUUAAACGGAAAGGACCUUAUAAUACUCUGCAUGUGGUGCAGGUAGCGCUAGGGAUUUGCCGCCGUGCCCGUUCUGAUAUCCAAUGCACCUUCUGCUCUUCGCAUCAAUUCCUCGUACAAUGUCCAU